AUGGAUGCUGUCUUCAUCAUUGAACUCUUCAUCAUGUCCCAUUUGGGUGAGGUACGCAACGAUGCUAAAUUGUCACAGCCAUGGUUAGCGGAUUCUAUACUUCUAGAUCUACUUUUACUUGAGAAUCAACUUCCAUUCUUUGUUAUGGAAAAGCUGUUCAAUGAAGCUUUGCCCCAUGAUCGUCGUGGUAGCCUCCCUUCAUUUCUUCAGCUCACUCAUAACUAUUUUGGGUAUCACAAUGGACAAGAAUUAGACCCUCAUUCUACUGUUGAUAUAAAGCAUUUUACGGAUCUCCUUAGAUUGUUUUACAAGAAAAGAAAGACGCCUGAAAGGAAGCCAAGCCCAGAGGGUAAGGAUGAAUGGAUGCGAGUCCCAAAGGAUGGAAGCCAUAUUCUUUUACACAAUGCGAAUGCACUGGAAGAAGCAGGCGUAACGUUGAAGGAUUGUGAGAGCGAAUACUUAUUGGACGUGAAAUUUUCAGGAGAAAUUCUUGAAAUUCCCCAUGUUGUGGUGGAUGAUAAUACUGAACUUUUGUUUCGUAACAUGAUAGCAUUAGAACAAUGUCAUUAUUCUAGAAAUGCUUACAUUACUGAUUAUGCUCUUUUGUUGGAUUGGCUAAUAAACACAGAAAAGGAUGUGGAUCUCCUCGUUCGCAAGAAAAUAGUUAGGAACUAUUUAGGUGAUACGAAAAAGGUUGCCACAUUAUUUAAUGGUCUUUCAGACAAUGUCGUCCAUUCAACCAUCAGUACUCACUAUUUCAAGACUUGCAAAGAUUUGAAUAGGUAUUGUAAAAGUCGUUGGCACCAGUGGAAGGCAAACCUGAGACGUGAUUAUUGUCAUACACCUUGGCAAAUUGCUGCUUCUGUUGCUGCAUUUCUGCUCCUCGUUCUCGCAUUGGCUCAAACCGUAUUUUCGAUCCUCCAGGUAGUUCUGUAA